UACUCUAGCCAUCUUCAUGUUGACAACCCAUUCCUAUCACUCAAUAGCCACAGACCAAAAUGGCUCUUAAUCACUUGCCCUUUCUUGUUUUGUUGGUUUUAACGUCAACCCCUUCCUUUGCUAGCGCGGAUGACCGAACGAAAACUGUGGAAUUCAACGUAAAACCCGGUGGAGUGGUGCACACGUUCUCCGAGAAAAUGAAAGAUUAUGAGUGUUCAUUCACUUAUGCAUCACAAGGGGGAACUAAUGAGCAAUGGCUGAUGAGUGUGGGGCUGAGCGAUGAUGAUGGCCUGUUCUCCUGCUCUGUGUGGAGACCUCAGGGGAAGUCCUACCUGUUUUUCACACAGUUUAAAGCAGAGCUAAAAGGAGCCAAGAUUGAAUAUGCUAGUGCAUAUUCCCAGACUGCAGCAGGAGGACAGAGGGAUGUGACAUUGAGGGAAGAUGAAUUCACUGUGGGAGAUUCUACAGUGACCCACACAGACGGGAAGUUCCGCGCUGAACUCUCCAAACUGACCGUUAUUGGUCGGACUCGACAUGACGAGCUCUGAUUGGUUGGAAAGUUUAAUGGCUGUUGUGAUGUAGUCCAAAUGUGACAUCAAGGCGAGCUCUCGAGGCAGGCCAUUGUGCUCCACUGUUCACAACAGUGGCCGAUGAAGGACUGCGAUCAAUCACAAUGGACGCCACAGUAAUCAGGAAGAGCCUGCGAGCAUGGAGGUCUACAACUCUGCUGUUGAAUUAAUCUAUAGUUUUUUGUUUUUGAGAAAUGUGGCAUACAUGGGGAAAUUCAUUCAGUUCCAUACUGUAAGUGAAUGUAUAUGGGGAUGUAUGAUCUUAGCAGGUGUAGAGAGCAGACGAUUUAUCAUAGUCUUAUGCUAAGCCAGGGAAAUAUGAGUGAUAUGUUGUUUUCAUUAAUGUAUACAUGUUUCUAAGCUGCUGCUUCUCUAAGAAAGCUAGUGGUUAAUACAGAGAUUAGUGCAGGCAACCCCUUGUCUAUGUGUUUUGGAUCUAAAUGGAGCUCCUAAUACAGACCAACCAGUCACCAUUAAAUUAAAAUGUUCCCCCCUCAUCUUACUGACAGUCUUAAUGAAGCUCACUGGGCCUUUAUAACCGGUACUGAUUUGGCCCAUCAGGAUUAUAGAUACGUUCCCUUGAUGUGGAGGACUGUGGUCUUAUCAGCACGUACCAUAUCCCUUCAGGCUCAUCCCUGUGUGUCUGGAAUAGUCCCUCCCUCAGCGUUGACCAUAGAGUCCCUCUUCUCACCAGCGACUGUCCCUCGGGUCCAGACAGGAAAUGCCACAAGGCACUAACAGGCAUCGAGAGAGAGAAGCGGAAAGUUACUUAUUUUUUACGUUUUAUUUUCAACUCUUUAUUCUGAUUCAAAAUGUGCAACUGAUACUUCAAUAAAAGUCAUGUUUCCUGCGAAUGCAGAAUGUGUGUUCCCA